GGCCGGGAGAGGGUAGCGAUGGCCCGGGCGCUGGAUCAUCAGGGGAGUAACUAACUCACGACCCCGCCGAAUCAGGACUAAGGAAGCCUGGAGCCUGCGGAUAGGAAAGGGUGAACCAGAGAAGGGCGGGGCCCUGUUAUAGUUCUCGGCGGGGCUUGAGUGCAGCCGCGCUCUGACCGACCAAUCCGCGGGCUCGUACUAGCUGCAGAUUCUUGUCGCGGCUGCGACGAUCGCAACGUCUCUAUAGGUCGCCGCAGGCCGUCUUCCGGUAGGGUGGGCGUGUCAGGGGGCGGGUCCCCGCGUCGUGGCGGGAAAGCCUCGGCCCAGGCUGGACCUCUGAGACACGGAGGGACGGGAACGGAUCUGAAGUGUGGUCUCUUCACCAUGGACGCCGCCGAGGUGGAGUUUUUGGCCGAGAAGGAACUGGUGACCAUCAUUCCGAACUUCAGCCUGGACAAAAUCUACCUGAUUGGGGGGGACCUGGGGCCCUUCAACCCCGGCUUACCCGUGGAAGUGCCCCUGUGGCUGGCCAUUAACCUGAAACAGAGACAGAAGUGCCGUCUGCUACCUCCAGAGUGGAUGGAUGUAGAGAAAUUGGAGCAGAUGCGAGAUCAGGAGCGGAAGGAGGAGACGUUCACCCCAGUGCCCAGCCCGCACUACAUGGAGAUCACCAAGCUCCUGCUCAAUCAUGCUUCCGACAACAUUCCCAAGGCAGACACCAUCCGGACACUGAUCAAAGAUCUGUGGGACACACGCAUGGCCAAGCUCCGGGUGUCUGCUGACAGCUUUGUGCGACAGCAGGAGGCACACGCCAAGCUGGAUAACCUGACCCUGAUGGAGAUCAACAGCAGUGGGGCCUUCCUCACCCAGGCACUUAAUCACAUGUACAAACUCCGCACAAACCUCCAGCCCUCCGAGAGUACACAGUCUUAGGACUUCUAGCUCGACUGAAGAGGCUCUGGAGAGAUGGGUGUGGACACGGGUGGAGGAACUCGGCUUGCCUAAAGCUCAGCUUCCAUCGCUGUAGAAAG